GCCGCUGGCUUUAGAGUUGGUAACUACACAACUCUCUUGUAUAUUCUGAUAUCUAAAAGUCUAACAAACCUUCUUCUUUUUGUCAGGACAAGAUGCUGAGAGUGUUUGACCCCAGAGCUCAGCUGACACCUGUCCAGAGUGCCCAGAGCCUCCAGAGCAACAAGGAUUCUCGCCUCCUGUGGGUCAAAGACGACCGUUUGCUCUGCACCAGCUUCGAUAUGAUACGUAGUCGAGAGGUGAGGCUGUGGGACAGCAGGAAGCUGAACUCUUCACUCAGCUCCGUGACUCUGGGUUCCUCCAGUGGGAUGACGAUCCCCCUAUUUGAUGAAGACACCGGUCUGCUGCUGCUGGCUGGAACUGGAGAUUCUGUGAUCGACUGUUUUGAAGUUUCUUCCUCCGAGCCGUUCCUCUCUCAAGUGAGCCACUGUCUGACGGAUAACUCGACCCGAGGCGUCGCCAUGGUCCCCAAGCUGGCGUUGGACGUCCUGUCCUGUGAAGUGAUGCGAGUGCUGCAGCUGACGGACGACUGCAUCGUUCCAAUCAGCUAUCAGGUCCCUCGCAAGCACUCAGGCCAGGAGUUCCAUGAGGACCUCUACCCAGAUACAGCAGGAACAUCUCCAGCCAUGUCUGCUGAAGAGUGGUGGAAGGGAGGGAACCAGCAGGUGGAGAAGGUCAGCCUCCAUCCAGACAAAAGGCCCAAAGCAACGACCGUGAAGCAACAGCUGAAGAAGGAAGUGUCCAGUGAAGGGAGCAAGGAGGACCAGGCUCGUGGAUGCUCCACAUCCAGCAGUCCUCUCAGCUCGUCCAGCAGCAGCGCCGUCCCGUCCCGAUCGCCCUCCUCCACCUCCGGACUGUCCUCAGGCUUUCUGCCCAGCCCCAGUCCCAGCCAGAGCGCCAAGGCCAUCCAGAGCAUGCUGGGACCGUCCUCUAAGUUCCGUCACAUCCAGGGAGCCGUGAUGCACCGCGACACUCACAUCACCAACAUCCGCGGCCUCAACCUGACCACGCCCGGAGAGUGUGACGGCUUCUGUGUGAACCGGCAGCGAGUGGCCGUUCCCCUCGCCAUCUCUGGAGGACAGAUCGCCGUGUUUGAGCGCUCUCAGCCCGGCCGGCUGCCGGACACCGCUCUGCCCACCAUCCAGAACUCCGUCAGCGUGGUCGACUUCUGCUGGGAUCCCUUCGACUCCCACAGACUGGCUGUCGCUGGGGAUGAUGCUAAGAUCCGGGUCUGGCAGGUCCCAGAAGGUGGACUGACAGAGACUCUGACUGAGCCGGAGCUCAUCUUACAGGGCCACACUGAGAAGAUCUACUCCAUUAAGUUCCACCCUCUGGCCAGUGGCCUCCUGGUGUCUUCAUCCCACGAUCUCUCAGUCCGGCUGUGGAGUCUGGAAAGUGGAGAACAGGUGAAGCUUCUCACUGGACACCAGGACCAGGUGUUUGGGUUGGCCUGGAGUCCUGACGGUCAGCUGCUGGCCACAGUCUGUAAGGACGGGAAAGUUCGUAUCUAUGAUCCUCGUAAGUCCAGCGAACCUGUGCAGGAGGGUCCGGGUCCGGAGGGCCACCGAGGGGCCCGGCUGGUCUGGGUCUGUGACGGAAGGUUUCUGCUGGUGUCAGGAUUCAACAGUCGCAGUGAGAGAGUCCUGUACCUGUUCUCUGCCGACCACCUGUCCUCUGGAGCUGUAAGCAGCACACCUGUGAACGUCUCCCCCUCCACCCUCAUCCCCUACUAUGACCCUGACACCAGCAUCCUCAUCCUCACCGGGAAGGGCGACACCAGAGUCUACAUCUACGAGCUGAUCCCUGAAGAGCCCUACUUCAUUGAAUGCAGCAGUUUUAACUCUCCUGAUCCUCAUAAGGGUUUGGCCUUCCUGCCCAAGACAGAGUGCAACGUUCGUGAGGUGGAGGUAGCUGUAGCGCUGAUGCUAACUAAGAGCAGCAUUGAGCCGGUGGCCUUCAGGGUGCCGAGGGUCAAGAAAGAGUUCUUUCAGGACGACGUCUACUCAGACACGGUGGUCUGGUGGGAACCGGCUCUGACCGCCUCCUCCUGGCUGUCAGGAUCCAACGGCCGACACAACAAGAUGAGCCUGAAGCCUAAAGACAUGACGCCAGUGAGUGAAGCUCCCAAAGAGGCUCCGGUGAGGAAAUACCUGCCGUCGUCUGUCUACCUGGAGGAGAAGACGGAUGAUCAGAAGAAGGAGGAGCUGCUCAGCGCCAUGGUGGCCAAGCUGGGGAACAUGGACGAGCCGCUGCCUCAGGAGUCCUUCCAGGGCGUGGACGAAGACGAGUGGGCUAAAUAUCUGGCUCAGAUCAUUGUCAUGGGGGUUCAGGUGGUCGGACGGGCGUUUGCUCGAGCUCUACAGCAAGAAUAUGCAGCCAGUCAAGCUGCAGCUCGGGCCAGAGGAGCUGCAGGUCAGCAGUCGGCUGCAGCGUCCAGCAUCACGGGGAUGAGCCUUCAGGAGGCCCAGCAGAUCCUCAACGUGUCCACACUCACCCCCGAGGAGAUCCAGAAGAACUACGAUCACCUGUUUAAAGUCAACGACAAGUCAGUGGGAGGUUCCUUCUACCUCCAGUCCAAAGUGGUUCGAGCUAAAGAGCGUCUGGACGAGGAGCUGAACAUUCAGACACGACAAGAAAAACAGGACAGCUCAGAAACAUGAAGUCAUGCUCGCCUUCCCCCUCCCUCUGUAAAUUAUAACCCAUUAAAAGACUUUUCUCUA